AACAAGGAAUAACAAUUUACUAUGAACCGGUUCUUCAGGUUGCACCUGAUCAUAGAAUACCACACAGUCUUAUCAUGAACUUCAAAUGCGAAGGAGUGUACUUAUUUGUGAUCCAUUUCGGUUUGGUUGUAGGUGCAUCACUAUUUGAAGAAGGUAAACCCUGUUCAACCGACUAUGGAUUUUGCGUCAAACUUAAAGACUGCUACUAUAAGUUCAAUGCAUCGAAUCCGUUCCCCAGUUGUGGUUUUGAUAAAGACGACAACCCAUUGAUUUGCUGCACAACGAAUAAAGAACUCAUGUUUGGCAGACCUGGAGUCAAAUUGGCCGAUGAGAUGUGUACCAGAUACAGGGGUAUGACGUGUCCAAUACCUCCAAAUUAUUAUGCCUCGAUUGGAGGGACACCGGCCAAGCCUCUUGAACUACCUUUCAUGGCUCUAAUCGGGUACGGUCCUCAUGACGAUAUACAAUGGCGCUGUGGAGGAUCUCUUAUUAGUGAAAGAUUUGUACUUUCUGCGGCACAUUGUACUCAAACACACGACAUUGGACCCGCGAGGUGGGUGAAGCUAGGCGAACUCGAUACUUCGACCGAGGAGGAUGAUGCACAACCUGAGGUGAUUGCCAUAAGCGACAGAUACGAUCAUCCCGACUACAAUCCUCAACAAGUUUAUAACGAUAUCACUCUUUAUAAGCUGAUUCGGAAUGUGGUAUUCAAUAAAUACAUCAAACCAAUCUGUUUGCAAACCAAAGAGUUUGUUGAGAGACCUCCCAAUGCUCUGGCUGCCGGGUGGGGCAGACUCGGAUUUGUUGGUAAAAUCAGUACAAAACUUAUGAAAGUCAUAGUGGAUUUGUAUGACAUAGAAAAAUGCUCGAAAACAUCAGAUUCGAAUCAAAUGCCGAAUGGAAUUGAUGGGAACUCGAUGAUGUGUGCUGGAGCUGAUGAAGGUGAACGAGACACCUGUCCGGGUGACUCGGGAGGACCGCUAUUCCAAUUCGUGGAUGAAACUUACGCUCAACAUCCCUGUUAUCAGCACAUCCAGUAUGGGAUCACGUCGUUCGGCAACCAAUGUGGAUUGGCUGAGUUUCCAGGCGUCUACACUAGAGUGCCACACUACCUCAAGUGGAUAGAAUCCAUUGUGUGGGCGAAAACAGUACAACAACCAAAUCUUAUCUGGUCUUGAAUUAUUUUGAUGCUUACAAUAAUAUUAAAAAUAAGAAAUAACA